AGCAUAUGAAAUCCAUUAAACAAAUAUAUUUGUGGUGGACAUUACAGCAAAAGGCAAACAUAGAGUAACAAAAUGCACAAAAAUCUCAUCUAAACUAACUUGUUAGCAACAGAACAAUCAAAAUUCAUGCUCCAUCUCAGUUAUUCACAACAGCAGAUCUACAUCAAAGCCCCACUCAAUGCAGCUCCAAAACUCAUAACUGAACAAUCACAACACAAUGAAGGGAGAUGCUUACCAUUUUCGUCGUUUUCAUGCCUCGAAAAUCUUGUUUCUCUGCACCAUAUUUCUCCUCCCCAACGUCUCCACCUCGGUGGAGACUGACAAAUAUCAUGCCCCCAUUGCAGCAAACGACGAUCCUCACCAACAGAGCCGGCUCCAGUCCUACGAGGGAGAACGUCUAGCAGUUGAGCCCGAGGUCGAGAUUGAGAACCCUAGGUUGCGGAAUGGCUACAUUGCAUUGCAAGCUUGGAAAGAAUCCAUGCUCUCUGAUCCAAAGAACAUCACUGCCAACUGGGUCGGAAAAGACGUAUGUAACUACACCGGUGUGUUCUGUUGGCCCACGCCUGAGUAUCCACACGAGCUCACGGUUGCGGGCAUUGAUCUCAACCACGGAGACAUCGCGGGGAGCCUCCCCAAUGAGCUGGGCCUGCUGUAUGAUCUUGCUAUGGUUCACAUAAACUCGAAUAGAUUUUGUGGGGCGAUUCCCAAAGGUUUUGUCAACAUGAAGCGCCUCUACGAGCUGGAUCUCAGCAACAACCGCUUUGCAGGGACGUUCCCUAAAGUCAUGCUCCAGCUACCGAGCCUGAGGUACCUAGACAUCCGUUUCAAUGAAUUCGAAGGCAAACUCCCAAGAAAACUCUUUGAGUUAGACCUUGAUGCCAUAUUUGUCAACAACAACAGAUUCUCCUCUGCUUUGCCUGACAACAUAGGCAAAUCUCACGUCUCUGUCAUCGUUUUAGCUAACAACAACUUCCGAGGGUGCGUUCCAGCAGGAUUAGGCGAGAUGGGAGAGACGUUGAACGAGCUGAUCCUCAUAAACACUGGUCUUUCGUCGUGCUUCCCAAGUGAAAUAUCUAAGCUGAAGAACUUGACCGUGUUAGAUUUGAGCGAAAACAAGAUCGUCGGUCCAUUACCUAAUAGUAUCGGGGAAAUGAACAGCUUAGAACAGCUGAAUCUGGCACACAACAUGAUGUCUGGAAAGAUUGGUGAUCGGUUAUGUGAACUUCCGAAUUUGGUGAACUUUGAAUACGGUUUCAAUUUCUUCUCCAAUGAGUCUUCUUCAUGCCCAAAACUGCACAAGUUUGAUGAUGGAAUGAAUUGUUUAAAAGACAGGCCAAACCAAAGAUCUUCAUUGGAGUGUCAAAGGUUCUUGGCUCGGACGGUUGAUUGUAGCAGCUACAAAUGUAAUCAUUCUGACCCAGAAACACCACCAAAGGUGCUGCCUUGCCCGCCCCGACAACCACCCCCAAUGUCUCCAACCCCUGCUGAGCCAUCUCCAUCCCCAUCUCCAUCUCCAUCUCCAUCUCCAUCUCCAUCUCCAUCUCCUCAGCCCUCCGUUUCUCCUCCACCUACCAUGCCACAGCCCGUGCCACCACCACAACCAUCAUCACCACCACAAGUUCAGCCUGACAUCCCUCCUAGCCCAACCUCACCUCCUGCUCCAAACUCUACAACACCAUUGUGUCCGUGUCAACAACCAUCAAAUCCACCACCGAAGCCUUGAUUACCUCCAUUUUCAGACUCCACACAUUCCCCGAGACAAUGAGAUUUAAUCUUCAGAUCGUUCCUGCACAUCAAGUGGAGUAUGAAACAGUGUUAGAUACAAUUCAAACACAAGGUUCCAGCAUCUCAUUGUACAAAAGCUGAUCAGGGAACUUAUAGAAGAUGAUGAAAAAGGUAAAAAGAAAAAGAAGGUUUUU